AUGUCUGUCGAUCUCAGCCCGAACGGCCAGCUCGGCUUCCAUCGGCCACUGACCCAGCUCGUCAAGCGCACCCUCACCGUCGCCAACACAAACUCUCAACCGGUGGUGUUCAAGGUCAAGACGACGGCGCCCAAGCAGUACUGUGUCCGUCCCAAUAGCGGUCGUAUCGAGCCCGGCGAGCGCGUCGAGGUCCAGGUCCUGCUUCAGCCCAUGAAGGAGGAUCCCGCCCCGGGCGCAAAGUGCAAGGACAAGUUCCUCGUCCAAAGCGCCAUCGUCACUCCCGAUAAGGAGACGCAGGCUCUGGCCGAUCUGUGGUCCCACCUCGAAAAGGAAGAAAAGGCGUCCAUUCACGAACAAAAGAUCAGAUGCGCCUACCUGGCUUCCAUCGACGGAGCAGGCGCAGAAGACACCAACGCAGCCGACAUGACCCAGAAUGACAGCACGCACAACGACUCGCUCAUGGCUGCCAACACCACGCUUCCUUCGCAGUCGCCACCUGUGACGACGAAUGGCUUCAGUGAUUCGACAGACAAGGAUUAUUCGAGCUCGCUCGACAACACUGCAAGACCUUCUGGGUCUGACAACACGACUCGCGAUGCUGCGCUCGCAGGUGGCGUCCUCUCUGCUGGCGCUCUCGGCGGCGGCCUGGCUUCCCUCACAAGCGGCUCAAACGCUGCCACCGCAUCGCCUGCUGCGCCUGCCGCUUUCGCUUCGCGCGGUAAUGCCGAACCGGCGUCUCUCUCUGUUCAGCUCGAGCAGGCCAAGGCAGAGAUCCAGCGUUUGCAAAGUCAGCUCAGCGGAUCCUCCGAGCUCAGACAACGCAAUGUUGCCUCGAGCAGCAGUCCCAUCGAGUCGGCAAGCUCGAGCGAUGUCGCUUCACUGCCACCACCAGGCCAUGUCACCCUCCAGACGCUCGGUAUCGUCGCCUUCCUGACUUUCUUCUUUACCUGGUGCGCUUCCUGGGUCCGGCCGCUCGUGAGCCUGCAAGCAGUCGCUUUUAUACACCAAUCCUACACCUCAAAAUUGACGGAUUCCCUUUGCGAUCUAUCUCUAUGCCAGACUAAGCACGAACGAACGGGCGAUCAUGAGCGGACGGGUGCGAGACACGAAGAGACCGAUCGAUUGGCUUCGCUGACUAGCAAAAGUUGUACCAACUCAUUUUUUUCAUUGAAGAAGUCUACGCAUCCACGUUGUCGCGUCACAUCGUGCACACUGAACUGCAGUUCUUUUCAUUGUCUGUCGUCGAUCUACACUUGCUGA